CAACGAAUCUUCCAAACCCAAUCAAACACCGAAGAGAAUGGGUAGCAAGACUCGAAAGAGAGAGCAUGACUCCGGUUCGGGAGAUAACAUGAGCGAAGCACCCGCGAAACGACGCCGACAGAUCAACGAAGAGCACCUUAAGCUUUCCAAGCUAUAUGAAGACCUGGCUGCCGAAUCAGAUGACGUGCGACUUGAAGCCGCCAAACAGCUCAUUGUGAAGUUCUCACCAGAGAACAAGCCUGCUGCGAAAGAGGUGCACAGCGCUCUAGGUCGUUUAAUCAAGGGUCUCUGCAGCCAACGCAAGGCAGCCAGAGUUGGAUUUUCCCUCACCCUUACCGAAUUGUUGCGGCAGAUCUUUGGCUCCGGAGAAAAUGCAAUUGAAAGUCUGGAGCUUGAUGUGGCCGCUAUUAUCAGCAUGGUUGAAGAGAAGACCAAGGUCGAGGGUAACGUGCCUGGACGGGAACGACGAGAUCACAAAAUUGGAAAGCUCUUUGGCUACAAGGCCAUAAUGCAAUCGUCCAUAGUGAUUGAGCCAAAACUCUCGUUGGAAUGCUGGAACCAGCUUCUAGACCAUAUAUACGGAAUGGCACGCGACAUCCCCUGGCUACGUGAAGAAUGCGGCAUGGUACUCGUCGAGGCGGUAAGAAGUCUGAAAUCCCGCGCACAGUACCAGAAAUGCGCUGAAGAGGUGAUUGGACGUCUCAGCGCAUUUAAGCUCGUUUCUACACCUGAAGGUGUUGCGGUAUGGCUUACUGUUCACAAAAGUUUUGAGCAUGUAUUACCAGACGGUAUCUGGCAUGCCAAAAAUCCUUUGGCAAAGAAGGAACGCGCCCGUCUAGCAAAGAUAUUGAAGGAGAACUUUCAAGGCGAAACCGAGAACGGUACCGACGGAGCCACCAAGACCGCAGCUGCGAAUCCAAACCCGUCCUUCACUUGGGACCUGGUCUUAUCUGAGAUCCUGCGAAGAGAUGAGCAGAGCAGGAGCAAUGCCAAGGAGACAACGGAGUUUCCACAGUUCUGGAUUGAUGUUGUAGACAGCAACCUGUUCUCCUCUACGUCGUCUCAUGAGCGCAAAGCCUGGGGGUUCAAAUUGUUGAGCAGUAUGAUCACACAGGUUCCCAAGUGGGCAGUCCCGGCAUUGUUCAGUCCAAAUCUCAUGCGCACCAUCAUCAACCAGAGCAAGAAAGAAGACAGGUUCCUCCACACAGCCGCACUAGCUUCUUUGAAGGCCGUGCAGGCUAGAGUUCAGCUAGAGAGCAGUUCGGCAUCCUUGAUCUUCGUUGCACUUACCACCAGGUAUGGUAGCAUUGAAUUUGACAGAACCACCAAGACGAAAACUUUAGAACAUGUGCUUUUGUCGGCCGACGAUGAGAGCCUGAGAAAGAUCGUGCGCCAUCUCAACUCGCUUGUUCUUCGUCCAGAAAGCGAAGACCAGACUGUUGCAGAUAGCCGACGCCAGAUCAUCGCCGACAUGCUCUUGAACACUGUCAGGAGCUACAAACGAUAUGAUGAGCUCGUUGAACACGUUACCGAGAAGGAUAACUGGCUUCGAAGAAUACUGGAGGUUUUGGUCGAGUAUGCUUACUUCGUGCCCAGCCAGGAUGCGAAGACCAGCAAAGUGCCUCUACCUCCGAUUAGUGAACGCAGCAGGACAAUGUUCCAGGAGCGUCUCUCAUCAUGCCUAACCAAGCUUCUUGGUGUCAACGCCAACUCGCGCGCAGCCUUCGCUUUAAUGAUUGUAGGCAUGAUCAGAAGCAAGAGUACUUCUUCCAGGACGUUGAACCUAGUCUUCAAAGCGGAUAGCCCGGUCCUGAAAACUAUGGAGGAGGCCUUUCAGGUCCUGGACGCUAUCUCUACUCAAGGUUCCGUGGCUGGAAAUAAGAUGGCAGCCGAGGGAUUCAUGCUUCUCUACUCGUUGACACUGUUGCAAGUGUACAAUGGCGAGGGAGAUGCCGUUAUGAUGCUCGAUGAUCUCGAUGCUUCGCGCAAAGCGAUGCUCAAAAAGCAGGAAGAUUCGACAGCAGAGGGCCAAGACAUUUUCGUAGAGAUUAUCCUGUCUUUCCUUGGCAACCCUCGCACAUUAUUCCGUAGAAUUGGCGAAGAGGCUUUCGCCAUCUUUGCGUCUGAGAUUAGUUCUGAGGGGUUGCAAUCACUGACCGACAUACUGGACACGGAGGAAAACCUGGAGGGACAAAAGGAGCUUUUCAAUCAAGCAGACGACGAUGCUGAGGAAGACCAGUCCGAUGACGAGUCCGGAGACGAAUCAGACGUUGAAAUGAUUGAUGGCGAACCGCAUGACUCGGAAGACGCUUCGGCUUCUGAGGUGGCAAGUGGUAGCGAAAGCGACGAGGUUGACGACGAAGAGAGCAGUGAAGAUGAUGCAGAGCUCACGCAGUUCAACAAUCUACUGGCUUUGACGCUUCAGACUUCCAAACCGAAUCUUGACGGCGAGGCUCCCGAAGAGUCGUCUGAUGAAUCGGACAUGGAUGACGAGCAGAUGAUGGCACUCGACCCCCACCUCAGCAACAUCUUCCGGCAGCGGAGUAAAACCACGAGCAAAAAGAAGGAGCGGGAGGACGCGAAACAGAAUGUUGUCCAGUUCAAAUCCAGGGUGCUUGAUCUGCUGGCAAUUUACCUGGAGAAGCAGUACUCUAACCCGCGUACCCUCAACAUGCUCCUUCCAGCGCUCAGACGCACGCGUGCGAACGCAAAUAAGCAGAUUGCCGACAAGGCUGCCAAGAUGCUGAAGACAUUCUUCGACACGCGCACAAAACACAAAGCCCCUCUGCCAAAGCCCGAGGAGGUGGAAGAGGUUUGGGAAGUACUAAAGGGCAUUCAUGAGGAGGCGAAGUUGGGCGGUGGUGCUAAGAUGCAUGCAGACGCGUGCAGCAGCGCGAGUUUGUACGUCGUAAAGGUACUCAUUGGACUAGACAAGAGCAACUAUUCUGGAGUGGUGGACGUGUAUGCUGAGACGCAGAAGCAGUGGUUCACGGACAGGAAGUCUCCUCUACAGGCAGUACUGUUCACCCAGUUCCAGAACUGGUCUCUGAACUCGCGGCAACAGGGAAAGUAGAGCGAUGACUGUGAAGAUGGGUUGGCAAUAUAUCCUUGUAGGAAUAGCGUAGUCUUGCCAUGAUUACCCUCUCAAAAGCAUGUUUGGUAAAUGCCUGCCUUUUCCGCCGUUGUACUG